AGAACAGGAACACCUCUCCUACUUUUCUACAAGUGGGAAUGUUUUCAUGUGCUCGCACAGAUACCAGGCAGGGGUUAUAGUUUAGUUAUGGUGGCUUGUUGAACACUGGGCAUUUAUCAGUUCAGAGUGGGAAGGCAGCGGGCGGGAUCAUAGAGCCUCCAGUGAAAUCUAUCUAAGAAAAGUUUGUCUUGACGCUUCAGUUUCCUCAGUGGCUCAGGAGAACAUGGCCUCGCUGUGAACUGAAGAGGCUCCAGCUGACUCUGGAUCUGCACUGCUGUAGGAGAUGAACAUUAUCAGGCGUCUCUCCUGUUGUCGCUAAAACUGAGACUAUAUUUGUGAGUCAAUAUGGGGGACUGGAACUCGUUGGGGAAGCUGCUAGAAAGUGCCCAGGAACACUCCACCGUUGUGGGCAAAGUCUGGCUGACAGUGCUGUUCAUCUUCCGCAUCCUAGUGCUUGGAUCGGCCGCUGAGAAGGUGUGGGGCGACGAGUUGUCUGGCUUCACGUGCGACACCAAACAGCCUGGUUGUCAAAAUGUCUGCUAUGACAAGACCUUCCCUAUUUCCCACAUCCGCUUCUGGGUGAUGCAGAUCAUCUUUGUUUCCACGCCAACUCUCAUUUAUCUGGGCCACAUCCUUCAUCUGGUCCGCAUGGAGGAAAAGGAGAAACAGAAAGAGAAGGACCUUGACAGCCAGAAUGAAAAACACCAGCAGGUACUUGGUACCAAAGCCAAAAAGGACCCAGUUAAAGACAACCAGGGCCAUGUCCGUUUGAAAGGCGCACUGCUGCGAACCUACGUCCUCAACAUAAUUUUCAAGACCCUAUUUGAAGUAGCCUUUAUUGUAGCUCAGUACUUCCUGUAUGGUUUUGAGCUCAAGGCGAUGUACACCUGUGACCGCUGGCCUUGCCCUAAUGUGGUUAACUGCUACAUAUCUCGACCCACUGAGAAGACGAUCUUCAUCCUCUUCAUGCUGGCCGUGGCCUGCGUCUCCCUGCUGCUCAACCUAGUGGAAAUGUACCAUCUAGGUUUCACUAAGUGCCACCAGGGCCUUCGUUACAGACGGUCACGGGCUGCAGACAUGGCCUCCAAGGCCCUAACUGAGGUGGCUAUGCCCUAUGCCCCAAACUAUAACUACUUUGCUGGUCAUCCUGCGGUGCCUGAACCUUUCCCCACAAAUUCCAAGUACAGCAUGGCAGAGCCGAACUCUGCCUACAACAGUAAAGUGGUUUACAAGCAGAACAGAGACAACAUGGCUGUGGAGAGAAAAGGUAAAGGAGAGGGAGAUGAUGUGAAGGAGAGGAAAAUCUCCAGCCCUGUCUUUGAGUUGCCCAUUGAAAAUCAACGCAGAAACAGUCAGUCAAGCAAGUACAGCAACAACAAGAGCAGGCUGGAUGACCUGAAGAUCUAGGUCCUAGGUUCAUGUGUUUUUAUUCCAAACUCAGGAACGGCAGAACUUAGCCCAUGAAAGCAUAUGUAUGAAACUCUAUUUGGGACAAAACUAUUGAAUGAUCACAAAACAGAUUACAGAUUACAAAUCACAAUUUAAUCAGUUCCUUUUGGGGUAUCAAAUCAUCAACUACGCCUAAAAUGACUUGUUUGUACUCAAAAAACGUUUUGUCUUCACAUCUGCUCUUGCAUUUUCUGAAGUGUUGACUUGCAGAUUAAUGAAUAUUAAUUACAAUUUGUUUUGUACUCGCUCAGUAGUUUUGACAUUAAUAGACUUCCACAUUUGUGUGUGAUAAGGACGCAGAUGAAUUGAGAAUUGUUUUUUUUUUAUCAUCAAUUUACUUACUAAAACUGUGAGAUGUAUGGAAAAGAUGUCAAAUCAAAAGCGAAAAGCUGUGAACCUGUCACUGCAGAUUGAAUAUGUAAAAUGUUUGGGAGAAACACACUCCAGCUUUCAUCGCCAUGUUACUCUACUGUUUGCGGAGCAUGCACAGUGCAUUACUUCACUCUAAGGACAAGUUUUUCAAUUUAACAUGUGCUUUUAUCAACCAAAUUAUGGCCAAUAAAUGCAUGCUUAUUUGGAUUUUGUACAAAAAGUAGACAUGUUACCCAAACAUUCAAUCGUUAUAGGCCUACUUAAUUAUUUGUGACUGUGUAAUUUGAUUAAACGGAUGUGCAGCAAAGGAGUAUUCUGUCAAUAUUCACGUCAAGUCAGAUAUCAGAUGUGUUGUGACCAUUGAGAGGCCAAAAAUAACAUCCAUUUCUUUCUCACCUGUCAUUGAAAUACCACUUAUUUCUUCUACUCACAUAUAGCUUUUCCAUAACAUACCCACUGCUGGAGGCAAGUUGGUGACAGAGAUAACAACUGUCAUAAAAAUGAAUUAUUUAUCCUGCAGCUCAACAAACGUCACAGUGUUAGAGCCAGACGAUGUGAGUAUUCCCAUUAGUUCUUUUCAGAUGGCAUAUGUUUCAGUGUUUAUCACAGUAUUCAUUUAUCAAAAGUAAAAUUGACAUUUAGAUUUCAAGUUUCUGGACGUCAAAUGUUUUAGUCUGCACAGUUUGCUUUGCACCGUCACCUCUUUAUUCAUAUUUUAAUAAUUUAGGUAGGCUAGAUGUAGACUUGAAAUACUAGUUUACAUUUGCCUCCUUGUCAGUUCUAAAAUAUCAGAUAUGAAAAGAAUUGCUCACUUACAGACUUUGACUGCAAACUGUUAACUACAUUAGUAGAUAAUAGCGCUCAACAUCAGCUACCAGAGGAGAGACUCAUUCACUGGGCCUAUUCACAAGUUUAAAAUAAAUAAAUAAAGCUCCAUUUGAUUGAAAAACGUCCUUGUUUGAAAUUAAGUGUCAUGACUUUGCCAUAUGAGCUGAAAAAUUUACAUCACCAUCAAAAAAUGCUUGCGAAUACACAGUACAUUAGUCUUGAAUCACAUGCUUCUGGACUAGCUGCAUCCAAACAGUGUCUUAUUUUAAUCUGCUAUAGCUCAAGACAAGAAUAAUGUAGGGAUGUCCCGAGGUGGUAGCCGGUCCAGCACAGAUCGGGUACGGAGGAUGGACUGGUAGCUGGAGAGCUGAUAGUCCAUCCUCCGUACCUGGUCUGUGCUAGACCACCUACCCUCCGGUUCCUAGACCAUACGGGAUGUUCUGUUGGAUGUCCCUCACUUUCUGCUUUCUUUGAGUUAACUUUAAACUCUAGUGGGACUGGGCAACAUUACUAGAACCUCUGAGCAACAUAACAGGCUGAAAAUGGCAAGUUUUAAGGAAAAUUUAGAUCGUGGAACAAGGUAGGCCUGCUUAUUUCCUUUUUUAGGGGAAUGAUUGUUAAGAUUUAAAAUGUUCACUGUAUUUCCUAUCUAGCUCGGAUGUUUUGGGACCAAUUAGCAGAGUGUUGCUAUAGACAAAAUACACAAGGUGAUACACUGGUAAGAGGAAAUUGCAAUUAACCAUGUAUACAGCUAAUUUUAAUAAGCUCAUGUUACUGUAUUGUGUGUUAGCUAGCAGUUAGCUUCAUUUAAGAGGUUUAAAUUUGAGGGGUGCAAAUGUGUCACCUAAACAGGUGUACUCCAGAGACCACUUUGAAGAGACACUCUAUUUGCGCCUUUUAAUUGGUUAAACUAAUGCCAAUAAACCAUAGCACGUUUUUCACCUAUCCAGGAAUGUUGUGUGGAAGGGCCAGACCUUCCUUUGCAGGACUGUGGAGAUAGGUCUGGCAACAUGAGA